AUGCUGUAUUCACAGAGGAUGACAUCGUCAAUCUACACAAGGAGAGCCCUUUUGUCUCCCGCUCACACAUCCUACUCCGCCACAUCUCUCCUGCUCCAAGCACACUGCCAGGCUCGCCGGUUCGCCCAUUCCCACCAUUCGCAAUCCCACUCGCAUCCUCAUCCCCAUCCUCAUUCCCUCAAAUCUCACAAUCGCCCCCCAUCCUCCGCCCAACCAACACUAAGGGGCGCCACCCCCUCUACCUCAACAACCGCCACCACCUCACUCGCCAACGACGUCAACCCACCCCCAAGCACACGACCCGCGGACCUCAACCUCCCCGAGGCCCUGAGCGUCUCCGCGCCCCCAGUCGACAAGCUCAAGCGCUACAUCGCGCUAGGACGCGCAUACCUCUCGUUCUACAAAACCGGCCUCAAAAACGUAUACCACAACUACCGUGCGUCGUUGCCGCUUCGUCGUUCCCUGGGACUAACCUCCUACCUACCAACAUCACCUCCGCCGGCCCCAGCCCCAGCACCAUCCACCGAUGCGAAACGAGAACCCGGAAGCGCAGCAGGGAGCGCGUUCCGCGUGGCCCUGAAAACGCAGAACCUCAGCCGCUCCAACUUCCAACUCAUCAGCCGCGCCGCCUACGACGUCCGCCGCAUGAUCCCCUUCACGCUGAUCCUGAUCAUCUGCGGCGAAUUGACUCCGCUCGCUGUGCUCGCGCUAGGCAAUGCCGUCACACCAUUCACGUGCCGCGUGCCGCGCCAGAUCAGUAAAGAGCGCGCGAACCGCGUCGCGCGGAAACGCGCCGCGUUGGUCGCGCACUCCGCGGCUGUCCGGGGCUCCCUGACUCCCCUGGCUCCGGGGUCGGAUCGGGAACUAGACCUUUUGGCCCUGGAGUUCGGAGACCGGGGCUGGGUUGAGAGUGCUAGUGACGCGGAGGUGCUGCGCGCCUGUACGGUGUUCGGCCUGGCAAAGUCGCAUCGGCGUUCUGGGUUGUUGAAGGGGGUGUAUCGUGGGCGGUUGAGGCGGUAUGCGGAGUAUUUGGAUAUCGAUGAUGGGUUGAUCCGAAAGUGUGGGGGGGUAAAGGCGAUGGAGGGGGUCGAGGGUCCUACUUAG